UUUCAGUGACGUAGCGGAAGUACCUCAGUGACCGAUCUGUUUGACAUGUAAGGAGAGGAAACGUGUUUACAGUUAAAAUCAUGAAUUUAGCCACGUUAGUGCACAGUCUCAGACAGUCUUUGCUCCGUAUUGAGAGCAGACUUCUUCAGGCGGCAGGACUAGACCGACAUUUGGCUCCAGCGCUGGCAGUCAGUGGCUCCAGCCUCUUACCUCAGCUCCAGCCUCAGGUGGACCAGGAAGAACAUCAGCAGGAGGAGCAGAUCCCUGGUAUCAUGGACAGCAUCUUGUGGAUGGCAGCGCCCAAGAAAAGACGCACCAUAGAGGUCAAUCGCACCAGAAGGAGAGCUGAGAGUAAACUGAUAAAAGUCAAGAAUAACAUCGAGCCGUGUCCAGAGUGUGGCCACUUGAAGGAGAAACAUAUCAUGUGUGGCUUUUGUUAUGCUAAGGUGUGCAAGGAGACUCGUCUGAUCCGUCAGCAGAUUCAGGCACUGGAAGGAGGCCCAUUGAAGGCACCAGCUGUGGAGACUGUUGUGCUCUACGAGGGUGAGCUGCCAAGUCAGCAAGACGAAGACAAGAGGAUAGUGGAGAGGCCCAGGAAAAGGCCUGCCUGGUUCAGUUAAUGAAGCUGUGUUUGAGGACCUUUGGUUUGACACUGGUGCACUCAGUUACACACUCAUGUAGAGCAUAGUUUGUUCAGGCUGUUGUUUAGUGAAUGAAAUGGGUUCCUUAAACAUAACCUAUCAAAACCAAUACAUUGUCAUUUACACUUGGGAAGUGCUAUACUAUGUAUGUGUGGAUAAGAAGUCUUUAGAGCUGUUGGUGCCAGACAUCUUUGUUAUUUUUUUUUUGAUAUUGCUUAACUGUUUGUCAGUUUGUAAGAAUCUUACUGUACAUUUGAAAGUGUAAGCAAUAAAUUCAUUGAGUAAAACAAU